AAGAGAGAGAGAGAGAGAGAGAGAAAGAGAGAGAGAGAUAGGAUGGGGCAGAAACUGAUGUGUUGUAGUACUAGUGUAGUGCAAGGGUUGAAGCCAGUGAUGAUGAUGCUGGUGGUUCAGGCGUCAUAUGUAGGGAUGAAUAUAUCUUACAAACUGGUAGCAGAGGUUGGAAUGAAUUUCACCAUCCUUGUUGCCUACCGUAACAUGUUUUCUGCAGCCCUUAUGCUUCCUCUUGCCCUUAUAUUUGAAAGGAAGAGGCCCAAACUUACCUUAGGUAUCCUGUUUCAAGGUUUUAUCUCCGGAUUAUUGGGGGUUAUUUUGGCAACCAUGGCACAAAACUUUUACAUAGAGAGCUUAGGCUUAACAUCGGCAACAUAUGCCGUAGCCUUCAAUAACCUUAUUCCAGUCAUCACGUUCCUCAUAGCAUUAUGUUUUAGAAUGGAGAAGUUAGCCCUUGGGACACACGCGGGUAGGGCAAAAGUUGUGGGUACAUUGGUUUGUGUAGGAGGGACAAUGAUCUUCACUUUCUACAAAGGCCACGAGAUUGUCAUUUGGUCGACGGACGUAAACCUUUUACGUAAAUAUUCCCACCAAAGCAGCCAGGUCUUGCACAGAAACACUCGCACUCAGUUGCUGGGCUCCGUCUUAGCACUCUGCAGUAGCAUCUCUUUUGCACUGUGGCUGAUAUUUCAGAAAAAAAUGACUAGGGAUUACCCUUGCCAGUACUCAAGUACGGCCCUGAUGUCUAUCAUGGCAUCAAUCCAGUCUACUGCUUUUGCCCUCUGCAAGGAGAGGGACUGGAGUCAGUGGAAGUUGGGCUGGGGCAUCAAACUUUUCACGGCAGUGUAUUCGGGAGUCAUUACUUCGGGAUUGGUUCUUACUCUGACCGCAUGGUGUGUGCUCAUGCGAGGGCCUUUGUUUGUGGCUAUUUUCAACCCUCUUGGCCUUCUGCUGGUGGCCUUAGCUGCGACUUUGUUGUUAGAUGAGAAGUUACACUUAGGAAGCAUAUUAGGAGGGGUUUUAAUCAUCUGUGGGUUAUAUAUGGUUUUGUGGAGUCAAAGAGAGGAACUGAAGACGAUGAUAGAACAGCCACCAUCACUACUUGAAGAGUCCCAUUCUAUUGAUGUAGCAACAUUGCCAGUGAGCAGUGAUAGUACUUGUGAUGAAAUCAAUUAGUUUUUUGUUAAGAGUGAUUAUGUUAGUUGGAUUUCCAUUAAGAGAGGUUGUUAGUUUUCUAUUAAGAGAGCUUCUGUAGCAACUCUUGGACAAAAGUUUGUAAUGCUCAUUCAGUUGAGCUUAAC